ACGAGGUUGGCACUUGCGCUCAUCACGGUUGGGUUGCCUUUCUCGGCUUCGUGCGAGAGCCCCCGGCUCGGCCCUUUCUUGUCUGCGACGUCGGCUGCGCCCUCAAAGAUGAUCAACGCACGCAGUGACUGCGAAUCCAACAAUGUGAUUGUGAGGAAGCGCUAGUCUUCCAACACGCGUUGUACACGCGUACGCUGGUCGACGCACUACACCGCCAGUCGCGAAGGUGGCGAAGACCCGUUCCGAAGCUGUAGCCUAGCAUGCAAGAAGUCCAUGCAUCUCUCACAGAAAUGCAGCUCCUGGCUACGCACUGCCUAACAUGGUCGAUCGAUUGUUGCGCUUCCACCUGCUUUUGUGGCCGUUACGUACUCGCGCUGGCCUUGACGCUGCUUCUGUGGUCGAUCAACUAUCUCCGGCGCUCGGGGCACAAAGGACUAACUCAUUUUGGGGGAGACCAGACCAGCGAAUGAAUAGCGCGUGUGAACGCGCUUUCGGCGGAAGACCCUUUCAGAACACAGACACUGAAUGCACCGUCAGUGGCAUUCAUAUCCAUGAUACACGACUCUGGCAUGAGGUGCCCAACAUGCGCCUAUUGUUUGACCACCCUUAAAAGGCCACCCGACUGCUGCUUCGGCCAAAUCUGUUUCUUCUUCCCCUUGCACCCCAUCCAUAUCUUGCGCGCCACUGUAUA